AGAGCAAGUAAGAAUCCCGAGGAGGAGAAAGUUGACAAUAGAAGGGAAGAAAUGCUUUGAAAGGAGUUCAACAAGGGCAUCGGAAAGCCAGAGAAGAGCCUAAAGUAGCAGAAGCGGUAGCCACACUGAGUAUGGCAACCAAACGGCGGCUUAGUGGAGGGGGCGGAGCCACUUCUGGCGGCGGGGGCACGUUGCCGUCUCCGCUGUCGCAUUCAUUGGCUUAUUUGAGAAGGAAUCAGAAAGGCAAUAGGGAGAAGAGGGAUGGGGAUCAAAUCUAUCAGAAAGGAGCUAACGCUGAUGGAUAGCCCAUGAUUUAUCUAGAAUAUAAUCUUUACAUAUCUGGAUCCUUCAAAUUAGACCAAAGGGAAUAUCUGGGCUGUAAGCCUCAAUUAGAAGUGUGGUAUGCUGCUAUGCUGCCAACUAGUCCUCCCUGACCUGUAUCUUCGGAGACCAGAACCCAGUGUGGUGGAUGACCAAUUCAUGCAUUGAACAAAAGAAGACCUCCUACAGGGCAGUGUAUGUGUCAUUACAGAUAUGGCACUUAGGGCUAAGUACCAUAAGGACUACAAGAAAACAAACAAACAAAAGUAACACAUGAAGCAUAUAGGAUAAGGAGGCACCACAGUCCAGAGCACAAGCCACUACCAUCUGUAUACCCUGAAGAACAGUGGAAAGUUUAAAUGUUGUUUUAUCAAAUUUCGAAAAAGAAGUGAAGAAAGAACCUAUCUGCCAGGAAGGGACAUCGUGGGGUGCAGCAUCCAGUUGGGUCAGGCUCUGCAUCCCCUGCUCAGAAACCUUCGCCGCCUGGCUCAUGGUGAUGCUGGCAGCUGAGCAGCCCUGGAGAAGGUGCUUCAGUCUCCAGGCCUCGCAGAGAAGCUGGGGAGGUCCCCGGAGGAGGCUGGCCACACCCUGGCAAGCUCUGGGGGCUUCUGCACUCAGCUCUGAGCAGCGUCUGGCCUCUGGGCCACUUGCGGGGGAAGGGCUGGCCAAUACAUACACAGGGCUCAAGAUUAGGAAGCCGAUACCAUCCAGUCACCUCCCACUUCCUUCUCCAAAGGAGAGGGAGAUGAAGGUCCAAGAAGAGCCCCAAAGAGGCAUGGCAAAGAUGGAGGCUCACACAGAGACCAAAGGAGAGGACGAUCGGAAGAGGGGCCACCGUAGCAAUAGGGAUAUACCAUUGACAUCUAGGCCCCAGGAGACCAGUGGAGUCCUCACUUGCCUCAAGUGCGAUCCUGAGCCAGUGGACCUCCUUCCCGAGCACCCAGAAGACAACUUGAGUGAGAACGCCCAGAUGUCUCCAAUGAGCUCCUCCUCAGAAAGCCAUGUCAUCUGCUCAGAUGGAGAUCCUGGAGAUGUCCUGCCUCCUUGGAAGCCUGAGUCCCAUGCCAUGGUGUUCUCUGCCCCAACCGCAUGCUGCUCCCUGCUGCUGGAGAGGCUAAAAAAAGAAGUGCUGGGUGAAGACCACCGGCCCAAAUCACCAGGCUCACUGAUGUCUGGAAAGGAGCUGCAGCGUGAAAAAUCUUCAGAAUCCCAUCAAGAAGCUCCUCUUCCCUGGUGUCUACCAGCAGUAGGCCCUGCAAGCAGAAGAUUCCCCUGCCGCUUUUUCUGCUGCUGCCGGGACUGAGGUCGCCCCUGCCGCUGACAAGGGAUCGAGGUGAAUGGCCCCCUCCUCCUAAGCUUCCGUGCUUAGCUGCUGCCAAAAACCCAGGCACCUUUGUUAACAUAGUUAAGUCUCUGUCUCUCAGAACUAGCCCAUUUAGCUCCAGGUUCCUUAGCGCACCCGACGCACUUACACAGCAUUUAAGAGCUUUCCACAACUGGAAGGUCAUAUCUUUAUUUCUUAUCGCAGGAACACAACUUCUGUAAACUUUAUUUCUGUCAGAACCUGUCUCGCCAAGCCAUGGCUGGAAGAAUCUCUGGAUACAGAUCAGGGGCAGAGGGUCCUCAGGAGCGGCGUCCAGUCUACCCCGCGGAGGCGGUCGGCGUUGAAGUCCAGCAGGCCCUUCCGCAGGGAGGCGCACACGGCGGGCAAAGGCACCAAAUCCUGCAGUGCGCACAGGUCCUCACAGCGCCAGAAGAAGUCGGCCGCGCUGUCGCGGCGCAGCUUCACCGAGUGAUCAUGGCCCGAGCGUGGCCUCGGGGACGCUGGCUGCAGAUACGAUGCCCACACCCGCCUGGGGGCCACGGCUCGCCUCCCGGCCCUUCGGGCGCCCAUCGCCCGGCGGCUGCGGCCCCGCAGCCUGCGCAGGACCGGCGUCGCACCAGAAGACGCAGGGCCACGAGCCCCAGCUAGGCCGGCCCCUCCAUACUGCGCUCCGGCGCGGCCUCCCACCCGCAACGCCGGCCGUUGGCGCCGACCUCAUCGGCCUCCGCGGCGCGGGCCAGUAUAUUGAUUUUUGUGUUUUUGGUCACAAUUUUGUACAGCCAUCUCCAGAACACUUCAUUGUGCAAAACUGAAACUCUGUACCCAUUAAACAACUAUUUUUUCCGAA